AUGGAUUUCGAAUUCCCUCAAUUAUUGAACCCAACUGAUAAUGAACCUUUUGUUCUAGUUUUUGAAUAAAAAGACGUCUUGAAUAACAAGUUAUUGACAGCUCGAGAUGUUUGUAAAGGAGCUUUUGAAAGUGGAGGAAAAUCAGAUCUAGUUGUUAUUUAAGAUUUUUUACAGUAAUAGAGGUUAUAUAAAUUUAACUAGGGAUUUGACAAAAAAGUCUCCAUUAGCUUAUGUUCCAGAUAGUGAAUCAUAAAAAUUAGUUGAAAAUUUCUAUUCAAAAAAAUAAGAUUAAGAAAGAUAAGUAUAAGAACAAGUUAACUCUUAUAAAUAACUAAAUUAAAAACUAUAAUAAGGUUACGAGAAUGCUUGUAAUAACAUUGUAUCUUAAUUGGUUGGAAAUGCAUAAGGUGAAAGUAACAAUGUAUAAAGAGCAUAUAAUUCUUUAUAAACAGUAUUAAGAAGUGAUCCAGAAUAGGAGGCUUCAAUUCCUAAACCAAAAGAGAUUGUAGAUAAAGUAUAAAAAAUUGAUAACAAAAUAAUAGAUUUCAUAAUUAAGAGCAUCCCCUGAAUUACCAGAAUAUUUAUUUACAACAACAAAAAAAGUGAGAGCAUGGAGAAAUGCACCAAAUGAAUUAUGUGUAUGGAAUAAAACUAAGGAAUAAUUUUAUAGAGAGAAUUUAGAAUAGAGUUUAAAUUAAGAUGUUUAAGAUAAAACAGAAUUAGCUCUAAAGUUUUGGAAUUCUUAAAUUAAGAAAUUGGGUGAUCAAUUAUUAAACAUCAUCUAAGAUGAUUCUUCAAUUUAACAAUAGAAUUUUGUUAAUUUAAAUAUUGAGACUGCAGAAGCAUUUGCAUUAUUAUUAAAUACAAUGAUCACUCCAGAAACAUAAAUAGUACUUCAUAUUGGAGAUUUUACAGUUGCAGAAUCUAAAUCUAUUGCAGAAUCAAUAUAAAAAUUAAACAGUAUUUUAAAUUUAUAAAUAAAUUGGAAAGUAAAUGGAAAAGCAUAAGGAUUAUAACAUAUUGCUUAAGGUAUUAUAAUUAAAUUAUAAUUAAUAGCUAUUUCUUAAGCAGAAUAAUUAAAAGUAUUAUCAUUCUAAUUUUCUUCAUAAGUUUCUGUAAAUUCAGCAAAAGAAUUCUUCACUGAAUUUAAAGAUGUUAAAUUACCAAAUUUGGAAGAAGUAAAUGUAUUUGCAGAAUAAUCUAAUGUUAAUUCAGCGGUAUAAUAUAUUGCUAAAGCAGUGAAAUCUGUUGGAGGAAGUUAAGUUAAAAGAGUUUUAUUUAAUUUCAGGUAAUUUUUGUUUUGAAAUAAAUUAUUAGUUAAUCUUAAAUAGAUAGUAAAUCAGCUCAAUAAUUAGGUGAAGCCUUAUCAACAUACAAAGGAGUUAAGAAACUUACUCUUAAUUUUUCAGGAUAUUCUUUAUAAAGCAAUACUAUUAAAGAUGAUGGAUUUAAUGGAUUAAUUCAACAUGUAGUCAAUUUCGCUGAUAGUCUUGUUGAAUUAACAAUUAAUGUUGGUAGAAAUUAAUUAACUGAUAAUUCAUUAACUAGCUUAAAUAAAUAAUUUUCAGCUGCCAAAUGGGUUUCAUUAAAAUGUGUUAAUAUUUGUUUACAUUAUAAUAAAAUUACUGAAUAAGGUACCCGUAAAUUAGGAAAAGUAUUAAAUUAUUAUUAUAAAAUAUAGUUCCUUCAUAAUUUACCUAUAUUAGUUAAUCUUUCUGUUAAUUUGAAUUCAACAGAGGUUAAUUAAAAAGGAUUAAGCUUUUUAAUUAAUUUAUUAGGCCCAUAAGUCAAUGCCUCAAUCUGGGCUAAAUAAUCAAAUAUAAGUUAAGAAGAAGCAGCAGAAUUAGUUGGAAGAGUAGCAUCCUUGAACAUUUGAUAUGGU